AAACAUAUAUAUAUACAUAUACAUAUAUAUAUAUAUUUUUUUAUAGAUUUGAGAAGAUAAAAAAUAACUUUGGAUUGAACAUAUACCUUUUCUUUUAACAUUAAUUAAUAUAAUAUAAUGGGCAGUCAAGAAAUUACAAUAAAUAAAUCAUCAGAAAAAAGUCAACAUCUUGCAAAAGCACGUUAUCAUUCAUAUAAAUUAGAUAGAUUACCAACUUUACAAGAGGUUCUUUCACGUAAGACUGCACCUCCCGUAUGUUUAUUCAACUUUUACCUUUAUAUGAGGGAUAGAGAAAAUACUUCUGAAUAUUUAGACUUUUAUCUUGAUGUAUUAGAACAUGAAAUAUUAUGUAAAGCAUAUGUAAAAGACCUUAAAAAACUUGGAUUAGAUGUAAAUAUUGAAUAUCCUGAAUAUGAAAGAUUUAGACCAGGAACUUCAAAAAAUGGGAAUGAUAAAUCAAAAUAUAAUACAUUUAUUAGUGUAGAUAGUAGUGUUCGAAGAUAUUUAAGUAGUAGUUCUCGUGGUUCAAAUAAUACAUACACUUCAGGAGGAUUUCGAAAUUCAGUUCGUUCAAAUAAAACAAAUAUAACAUCAUCAUUUCAUAAUCGUGAAAGACCAUUUACAAGGGAUGAACUUCGUGAAUCUGCGGAAAGAAUUUAUUUUAAAUAUAUAUUUGAAGGAUCUGAAAAAGAAAUUAUAUUAUCAAGAGAUAUUCGAGAAAAAAUUACUCAUGCUAUAGAAGAAGAAGGAAUAUCUCAACAUAAAAGAGAUGAUCCAUGGAUUUAUUAUGAAGCUAAAAAAGAAAUUUUCACUUUUAUGGAAAGUGAACCUUUCCCUAGAUUUUUAAAAUGUAGAGCUUUUGGUAAUAUGAGUCAAUUACAAAUUAUUAUGAGAUUAUUUAUAGGUUUAUUCUUUUUAUUCCUUGGUUUCUCUAUAGUAUUAAGUUUAAUUUUCUUGGAUAUAAAACCAAAAACAAUUCGUUUAUGGAGUUUUAUCCCAAUAUUUUUAGGUGUAAAAAGCCUAAUUACUUAUCUAACUAAAUUGAGUCCAUUAUUCGUCUUAUUAAAAAUAAGCGAGACAACAUUCUUUCAAUUUCAAUGUGUAAUGGAACCUUAUAUAUACUCAUUACAUGUAAAAAAAGGAAUCAAAAUAUUUUUACAAAGUUUAAUAAUUUCAAUAAUCGUUACAGGAAUUUUUGUAGCAGUUCCUGGUUAUCGAUUAUAACAUUAAUUAGA